UACACAGGCAGUCGUUGGAUGGAUUAGUGGAAACACAAAGCUCAUUUGUAUUUACCAAUUCAUGGUUCGUUAGUGUGGAUUAAGUAGCUGAUGUAAUUAAAAGAGGAUGAGGGUGUUUCUUUUGUUUUGUGUGUGAUGGAUUCUUCUGAUGAAAAACUGAAGAUCUGAGAAAAAACUGAUGAGAAGUGGAUAAAAAUGAGCAACAUUGUGGAUGUUUUUACAAUAUCCAGUGGAUGGCAGGCUCAGGCAGUGGAUGUUGGAUAUACAGUGUCUAGAGAAGCAGAGGUUGAAGGUCAAGGUGAAAACUCAGGUGGUUUUUUCAAUGUUGGAGAUUUUUUUGAUAUCUUAAAGGAGGAUGUAGUGCCAGGGGAGAUCACUGGUGACAGAAUGGAUUCUGGUGCUGGAGAUACAGGGGAAACGACUGCAGUUCCAGAAGAUAAUUCUUCUCUCCCCUGCCCUGAUAAAAAUGUCUUGCCAGUUGUUGAAAGCUGUUCACCAUCCACUGAAUCACCUUUGUUUGACUUCAGUGCCAGCCUGCCUGCUAGAGAACCCACACAGAAAGAAGAUUAUAUUUUAUCUAUAGAUAUUGGCACCAGUAGCAUAAGAGGGCAUAUCUACACCAAAUAUGGCACGCUUAAAGGUUCCGCUAGCAAACAGCAAACAAUUCUCCAUCCUGAACAAGGCCGCUAUGAGAUUGAUCCUCUUGAGCUGGUAGAGAAAGUCAAAAGCGUGGCUCAUGAAUGUAUUGCAGCCUCAGGUCUUCAGCCCCAGCAGGUCACCUGUAUGGGGAUAACAACCAUGAGAGCCACAUUUGUUACCUGGGACAGAGAAACAGGCCAGCCAUUCCACAACCUGAUCACCUGGCAAGAUCUGCGAGCCUCUGACUACGUCUCUGUCUGGAACAAGUCGUACACGCUGCGCACUCUCAACUUUGGUGCCAAGGUCCUGCACAUGCUAAUGAGGAAGAAGCGCCACCUGGCUGCAAGUGUUCUUAGAUUCAUGACCAAACAGGUGACCAUGAGACUUCUGUGGGCGCUGGACAAUAUUCCAGAGAUCAGGAAGAAGGCAGGAGAAGGAAACGCCAUGUUUGGCUGCAUCGAGACGUGGGUGUUGUGGAAGUUGACUGGUGGCAAGUGUCAUGUGACCGACUACUCGUGUGCCAGCUCCACUGGACUGUUUGACCCCUUUCAGAUGGAGUGGAGUGGUAUUGUGUGUGGACUCCUCAACAUUCCCAUGAGUAUCUUCCCUUUGAUACGGGACACCAGCGGGGAGUUUGGUGUGACAGAUCCAGAUGUGUUUGGGUUUCAAGUGCCAAUAACAGCUGUUGUGGCUGACCAGCAGGGGGCCAUGUUUGGUCAGUGUUGUUUUGAUGUGGGUGAUGUCAAGUGCACCAUGGGCACUGGGACGUUCUUAGAUCUAAACACAGGGAGCAAGCCUCACGCAUCUGUUGGAGGGUUAUACCCCCUAGUUGGAUGGAAGAUUGGCUCCGAGCUCGUGUUUAUCGCUGAAGGUCAGUGUGCUGACACAGGGAACAUUCUGGACUGGGCCAAGUCUAUUGACCUUCUGAGUGAUACAUCACAGAGUUCACAGAUAGCUCAAUCUGUACCAGAUUCAGGUGGAGUUGUGUUUGUGCCAGCCUUCAGUGGACUUCAGGCGCCAUUCAACGAUGACAAGGCCGUGACCUCAAUGGUUGGCCUGCGGCCCAGCACGACCAAGGCCCAGAUCGUCCGGGCCAUGUUAGAGUCGUUGGCCUUCAGGUUCAAGGCCUUGUAUGAGAUGGCCCUCACGGAGACCAGGAUACCCCUCUCUCAUGUCAGAGUGGACGGUGGGGUGGCCAACAAUGACUUCCUGGUUCAACUGAUGGCCGACCUGGUGGACCAGACCAUUGACCGCAGUCGUCACGGUGAGAUGACCUGUCUAGGCGCAGCUUUCCUGGCAGGUUUGGCUAAAGGUGUAUGGAGCAGCAAGGAGGAGCUGUACGCCCUACGACACAGUGACAGACAGUUCAAGCCCCAAAGGAACUGGCAACACCUGAAAGUCUUGUACCACAUGUGGGACAACGCCGUACACCGUUCAAGGAACUGGUACCCCUGACAGAACCCCCCACCCACAGAA